AUGAAGGGCUCAUACGACCUGGUUCCGGGGAGCGAGGAGGAGCAGGGCUUGAUCAACGAAAUAGCAAGGGCUAGAAAGAACAAGUCGUGGAGCAAGCUCACCAUCUGCUCUAUGCUCUCCAAUGUCAUUCUGUUGGCGGGGAUUGUCAUGAUUGCUGUUUUCAGAAAACCCGCCGACAUAGAAUGCUUGAGGAGAACCAACGCUUUCUCGCCCAUUUUAUAUGAUGCGGACAUCCCGCUCGAACGCGUCAAGCUCAACGGGACUUUUUUCCCCGCCACGCAGCCGGCCAAUUUCUGGCGGCAAGAGCCCAAUCCCGCGCUCGACGAGGCCUGGGACGCCCUCGCGGAGACACCGGCGUUCCUCGUCACCGCCGACGAGGUGAGAAAGGCCGGACGCGACCCCGAAAGGGCGGUCCGCGUGCCCGAGUCCUGGGGAUUGAGGCCCAAGGGCGACCCCGUGUACUUUGCCCAGAUGGAUGGGCAGCACUCGAUCCACUGCCUCAACGCCCUCCGCAUGUUCGCCUACUUCCCCUACUACUUUGGCCACAAGUGGAAGUCGACGGCCGAGAUGCCCGUGUACCAGCAGAACCACCUGAACCACUGCGUCGACAUGCUGCGGCAGAACCUGAUGUGCUCGAUCAGCACCGACAUCGUCACCUACGAGUGGGUCGAGGCGAACGACACGCCCCAGCCCAACUUCAGCAUCGAGAAGGUGUGCCGCAGCCGCGACGUCAUCUGGGACUGGCUCCAGAGGCACAAGCUGCACCUCACCCACGACCAGGACUACCACACGCCCAGACCCCCGCCAGGGCAGUACCAGGAGGUCCCCGCCAGCCCUUACUGGUUGGACCUGAUCAAGGCCUCGCGGGCCAAGGGGGUGGAGGUGCACAACUAUAUCGAACAGACAGAGAUUUAA